ACUGGAAGUCGUGUGCUUUGUGAAACACAGGAUUCUCUUGCAUAAACAACUGCUGAUUGAACUCUUGUAUUAUCUGAGAGAUAAAACAGAACGGAGAUAGUUAAUCCUGUUCAUUUGAUUAUAAAUUUGCUGCUUUAAAAACUCUGUUGGAAUCUAUUUUAACCUCUGUGAAUCCACGCUGACUGCAUCUGCCACUAACUGUGAAGGAACAAACUGCAUCAUUUUUUACAAACACAUUUCAGAUCUACAAAGGGCGUUAUUGCAAUGAAGAUGGCAGCCUAUGGAAUCAACAACACCUAUGACACCAACCAAAGCCACCUCUGUAAUUUCCGUGAAAACUUUAAGUUUAUCCUCCUUCCCGUCAGCUACACCCUGGUCUUCGUGGUCGGUCUGGCGCUGAACGCCACCGCAUUGUAUGUGAUUCUGUUCCGCACAAAGCGGUGGAAUCCCUCCACCAUCUAUAUGUUCAACCUGACAAUGUGUGACACUCUUUACAUCUUCACACUGCCCUUCCUCAUCUUCUACUACGCAGAUGAAAACGACUGGCCCUUCAGUGAACCGUUCUGCAAACUCAUACGCUUCCUGUUUUAUGCCAACUUAUAUGGUUCCAUUUUAUUCUUGUGCUGCAUCAGUCUGCAUCGCUUUGUUGGCAUCUGCUAUCCAGUCCGCUCCCUGAGCUGGGUCAGUGCUCGUCAGGCCAGACUGGUAUCUGUGGCAGUAUGGGCCUGUGUUUUACUCUGCCAGGGUCCUAUCCUCUACUUUUCCAGAACAAGGGACGUGAAAACAGAUGUGAGGACUGAACGGAUCUGCUAUGACACCACCAGUCCAGAGCUUUUUGAUGAGUUCCUGGUGUACAGCUCAGUGGUGUCAGUAUUCAUGUUUGCCUUGCCCUUCGUGGUGGUGAUGGUGUGCUAUGGCCUCAUGGUGCGGAAGCUUCUAGAGCCCGUGUGGUCUGACAGGGGAGCUGAAGGCGGCUUUACACUCCAGCGGUCAAAGCAGAAGUCAGUGAAGAUGAUCAUCAUUGUGCUGGCAGCAUUCAUGCUGUGCUUCCUCCCUUUUCACCUCACCAGAAGUCUGUACUACUCUUUUAGAUACCUGAGGCAGGUUAAUCCAACGCAGAUCAGCUGUAGUUUACUGCAGGCCUCCAGUGUGGCUUACAAGGUAACACGGCCAUUGGCCAGCGCCAACAGCUGUCUGGAUCCCAUCCUUUACUUCCUGGCAGGACAGGGCGCUCGCAGCAGCCUCACCAAGAAGAGCAAACUGUCCUCACCGAAACCAACAAGUGUGAGCCAAUACUUCACAACAAAACUCUGAAGUAUUAGCUGAAGCUCUCCAGUAAAAUUAUUCCUCUUAUACAUAAAUGUGACUUUAUAAAUGUCUUCAGAUGAAUUUUCAUUUUAAGCUGUCUGGAUAAAAACAAGACUUCUGAGAGUUCUGGGAACAACAUUUUAAAAAAUACUUUUUAGGAUAUUUUAAGGAUGGAGAUUUUGACCCUUUUCUUAACUUUAAUUUAAUGUAUUUACACUAAUUGACUACAUGCGUGUUUUUUCAGUGAUUAAACUAGAACACAACUGCAUCAGAUGUUUGUAGGUUGAAAUCUGUGGACUGGGACCUCCGCAUACAGCACUCAACAGCAGUUUGUAGAUAUUUUGCAAAGAUUAACAUACAAACAUAACAUACAAAAAAGAACGCAUAAGGCAAAUUUCACUACUUCUAGCAGUAGGAGAAAACUCAUUAGGCCCUGUGUGUUUUCUACAGGACGGGGACAGUGUUUUAUCCUCUGGACUACAUAUAAGACAGAUUACAGACAUGUCAGUGUACCUGUCAGUUUCAACCCUUUUCA